CCGAAAGCUCCCGACCUCCCCUUCGGAAGCCAACGCACCACGAAAAAUCACCACCGCCAUUGCCGAGCCACCAGUCGCGAUGGGUAUCUGGGACGCCUUUUCCGAGAUUGUCGAGGCCGUGACGCCUUGGAGCGUCGUCGAGGCCGAGGCCCCGGCCGCGGAGCCCAAGGAGGAGCAGUCCGCCGAGUCCGAGACCAAGGACGACGAGUCGCCCGCCGAAGAGGCCGCUGAGGAGGCUACCGAGGCCGAGGAGGCCCCGGAGGAGGAGGAGGAAGAGGAGGAAGAGGAAGAGGACGAGGAGGAGAUUGUCGACCCCAAGGAGACGCUUGAGGAAGAGUGCAAGAACUCUGCCCAGUGUGCGCCGGCCAAGCACCACUUUGACGAGUGCGUCGAGCGCGUGCAGCAGCAGGAGAGUGAAGGCGAGGCCAAGGAGGACUGCGUCGAGGAGUUCUUCCACCUCGCCCACUGCGCGACCGCCUGUGCCGCGCCCAAGCUGUGGUCCAAGCUCAAGUAGAGGCGAGACGACGACGACGAGUCCACCGCCGUUGCGCACCACCCCCCCGCGUUGCCGUUUCGACGCCCUCCCCGUUGGCCAUGGACGAAACUGGCCCUCGGGCGAGGUCGCUGCGGCGCCGCAUGUAUAAUUGCAUUUGCGCUCUGGAAGGAAUCAGGGGGCGGGCGAGCGGGCGGGCUGCGGGGGUGAUGGUGGUGGAGGAACGUUGUUCUCGUCUCCCCCCCGGACCUCCCGUUGCUGCCACCCGCGGGUUGUGAAGGGCUCCCUAGGCCCGGGUUUGGCGGUCCGACUGUAUCAUACGCUGCAGCGCCCUACUUCAAUAGAUUUUUUUUGUCCCUCCUCUUUUCUCCGACUGGCCCUCUCUCUGCGCACACGCUGUCUCUCACUCAUUCUCACUCUCUCACUCACUCAAUCGCACUCUCACCUUGCAGGAGCUUUGGUCCGCGGUUAUGAGGUGUGGCUCACGUGUCGACGCCUGAGACGUGUCGCGGGUCACGGGCGCCCGACGGCAACAAGACGCGUGCCCGACGAUGGCGGUGCUGCGUGCGCACUUGCGAUUUGGUGUUCCGUCCCCGCCCAGGCGCCAGCACGGGCCCUGCAGGGUAGACACGACGACGGCUCGGGCGCUGGCGGACGAGACGAGACGAACGUUGGUGCGGAAAGCGACCAAACCCAAACAGCAACGACGAGGGCACGGCCCAUGGGGUGGCUUGUCGACCGCUACCGAGACCGCUGUGCGGACCCGUCAUCGCGACGGACGAUUGACGAUGAGAAUGGGGGGGUCGACGUCAUGGGAUGCUGCUGCCCAGCGCGCGCGGGUGUUGUUUGUGCUGGUCUCUCUGUGUUGCUCUGUGUGUGUGUAUGUUGUUGUGUGUAUUUGUGUCUUGUCUCUGCUAUUUACGUGAAGACGGGAACCUCCCCUAGCCCAUUUCCUACCCAUCUACCCGUCCGUCCGUCCGUCCGUCCGCUCGUCCCUGAGGCGGGUGCGUGAUGAGAUAGCACCUUGCCACGAGUGAGGGGGUAAGGGAGGAGUGAGUGAGCGCUGGC